UUUUAUGAUAUCAAGUAAACAAGCUUUUGUAAAGACCAAGGCUGCUUUCUUACUAAAGGUGAAACCCCAGUUGAAACAGAAAUCAACUUUAACACAGUGCAUUUGUAGACACUUUUCUUCAAAUGGUUCUACUGGAUAUGAGGAUCCAGAGAUCACUCAAAUGUCCAAGGUGUACGAUCAACAAGAUGCAGCAGAGGCUUAUCCUGUUUCAAACUCUAUCAAUGAAAAAGUUCUUAGAGAACUCACAGAACAUCAGAGAAUUGAAGAGCUUAGGAAAGAAUUGGAACCUGUCAAGUUAUUGAAUAUCACCGGAAUCUUCCCUGAAGUGGCUGCUAUUGCUGCUUCAGAGCUUCUUGAAGAUAAAUCUCUUAACGAAGAUGGGUCAAGAUAUAUGAGUAGAAACAGCGAAAUUGAUAGUAACUCAGACCAAUUAUUGAUAAGUGAACAGGAAGCUCAGAAGAUCAUCACUGAGAUGCAAAAAGAGACUAAUGAAUAAUAAGACUUACAUUUCUUCUUAAUAAUCUUUCUUUUAAACUUUGCA